AUGAAUUUGAAGCAGAAGAUAAGCAGUUCUUACGCCGAUGUGGAGACUGCUUGUUUGCUAAAACGAUACUAUGCCCAGCUAUUAAUGAUGAAGAACCGAUUUCCUAUGGAGGAAGGUGAUCCAAUAAAAGUUCUAUUCUGCUGGUACGACAGAGCUAUGGAUAUCGCUCAUUCUGCCACCUACGAUGACAUCGGUUUCGAAUUAGCCUGCGUAAUGUACAAUGGCGCAGGUCUGCUAGCAAUAGCUAUAAGAAGAAGGGAGAACGAGGACGGCCAAGCUCAAGAGUGCUUACUCGAAAAAAGUCUCAUUGACCAUCGUAGCAAUCUAGUGGUCGCAAAACUGGCGAUUCACUUGCGAGACAGAUAUCAGGAAUGCUUUCGACAUCUCGAAAACUCGAACCUUUGCGAUUACGUCUCAUCACAAAAAUAUAAGCUAUGGUCGAGAACAUGCGCGAUAAAGAGCGAAAUGUACGGUUGCAUAGCAAUGAUCCACUUGGGCUGUCAAGCUGAUGACGAUAAGAGGAUGGGGGCGAGGUAUGGAUACUACAAAAUCGCCAACGAGCACCUAAAUGCCGUCUUUAAAUCUGCAGAGAAAGAGGAUCGAGACACGAUGAGAGCGUCUAUCGCAUUUCUGUCUGAUGUCGUCGGUACAAAACUUGGAAAUGCUAAGAAGGAAAACGAAUUCAUCUACCAUGAACGAGUUCCGGGAAAUGAAGAGUUGUGCAAAGAUCUAGAGGGGCUUUGCAAGGUGCGACCUCUUUCGUUCGAUCCGCUAGAUAUUUCUGUAGGUGGGGAAGAUCUGUUUGGCGGCUUAUUGCCUCCAGGCGUUAUCAAGGCGGUGUCUGAAUACGAAGAGGAGAAAGCAAAACUGAAACGCGAAACCAUGGAACGAGUAGACCGACGAAAUGAAGAGCUGAAUUCAUUCCUCGUAUCUCUACGAAUCGACGAAAUUGACUUGGACGCGGAUUCGACUGGAACUGUUCUGCCGGACAUGUUACUCGAAAGAAAUGCUGCAUUGACUGCUCAACCAGAUGCAAUUCCGAAACUGCUUGAAUCAUUAACAAAAGUUGGUGAUCUAGCCCGAGAAGCCGGAGCAAAACUGGGUGGAUUAACCGGGCGCUUGGCAGACGUCGAUCUUCCCGAGAUUACAUCGGAUGAAGGCUACAAGGCUAUCAAAAAGGAAUUGGAGAGGCUUACUGAACAUCAUCAGAAAGCG